CAAGUCGGCUCACAGCAGCAGUUUUCAGCGGACGUUACUUCGAAGCCUUCAAGGCACGCCAGCAGCAAGCGGGUUUAGAAGUCCGGAGUUGCUUAUUCCAGAGAACUUCAGGGGGACCCAAAUGAGGGAGGCAUCCACUGGGUGAGCCUGCCCACGUCAGCAACAUGGCUACUAACCACUCCACAUGUAACCAGACUCUUCCCUUCGAAGAAAGCAGGCAGCUUCUGGUCGGGGUGUACAGCGUCGUCUUUGCCGUGGGCCUGCCAGCCAACUGCAUCACCACCUUCUUGACCAUUAUCCAGAUCCACAGGGGAAACAUUGUCGCCAUAUACUUGUUUGGCCUUUCUCUGUGUGAGAUGAUGUACUUGAGUACCCUCCCGCUCUGGAUCAUCUAUACCCAGAAUGACCACAAGUGGACUAUGGGGCCCACAUCUUGCAAGAUGACCGGAUACAUCUUCUUCUGCAACAUCUACAUCAGUAUUCUUCUCCUGUGCUGCAUUUCAGUCGAUCGCUAUGUGGCAGUGGUAUAUGCCUUGCGGAGCAGGGGAUUGCGGAGCCAGAAGAUCGCCGGGGUGGUCACGUCUGUCCUCUUUGCUGUGGUUGCAGUGGUCUAUAGCCCUGUAUUUUUUAACAACAUCCAGGACUCAAAUAGCACUACCUGCUUUGAAACGCCACUCAAGCCCUCCCUGGCUGUCUUCAGCAUCAUCCGGUUCCUAAUUGGCUUCGUCGUUCCUUUCAUAAUUCUCAUUUUCAUGAAUUACAAAAUUUUUCAAAGCAUUAAAAUCAGCUACAGCCUGAGCCCGCACCAGAAAUCUAAAGUGAAGUACCUGGCCAUUGCAAUUAUUUCCAUCUUUGUGGUCUGUUUUGCUCCCUACCAUUUUGUGCUGCUCAUACGAUCUGUUCACUUCUUUUUGGACCGAGACAACAGUUGCACCUUUGAGAACAAAACAUACACCGUAUUUACAGUCUUCCUGUGUUUAUCCACUGCGAACAGUGUUGCAGACCCGUUUGUUUAUGUUCUGGCUAGUGAAAACGCAAGACAUGAGAUAUGUCGGACUUUCAGGGCAGUCGGGGUCCGUUUCUUGAAUGAAUCCAAGACAGACAGCAACAAGCCCGACAGUACCCAAAAGACACCUGUGGAUCCUUCGUUGGGAUAUAAAGAGGACAGGUAGCAUCUCCUUCUUGAAAGGAACUCUGCGUUUGUAAAAGAAAAAGAAAGAAAAAAGAGGAAAAUGGGCAACUUCUUUAGCAGGAAGGGCCUCUUUCCUCUUAUGUCCAGGAGGCCGCUCAGCAAAACCCUGCUCGUUUGUGGAGGAGGGCAACCCUUUCCUCUUGCACACUGUGGCUGGCCUCAUUGCAUCACGUACUGAGAAUGAACCUUUCGGAAAAUCCUGGCUGUUAUGCAUAAUGGGAUUACAACAGGAUGGCCUGCUUUGUGGCCAAAUCCAUGCACAAAACAGGAUGUGCUGUGAAAGUAGAAGACCACGCAAUGCCAGGGGCUGGUGGAGUAACCAACGGCGUUAGUCGAUGGUUACCUUCUGUGUAUGGAGGGAUGUGUUGAAAUCAAGCUGUUAUGACCCUUUCUUUCUCUAGGGUAGAUUUUGCCUUUUAUCUUUCCCUUACACCCUCUGGAUAGAUUGCUGCCACCAGGAAUAUUAUAUUCCAAGAUAUUUUAUUUAAGUUUUCCCUUUUGUAACGUGCCUAAGCGUCAGGCUCCUUCAUGGCUCUAUGUGGCCCUGAGGAUAGGAAUGGGAAAUAGCCAUGACAGCUACUCUGGGAUAUAACAAAAACAAAAUAAACUUUUAUUUUUUUCAAGAAGCGUUUCGGUUUCAUAAAAGUAGUUCUCGGUUCUUAAAGUU